AUGAACAAGGACCUUAUGGAAAAGUUUUGUAAGCGAGCUCAUCAAGAAAAUUGCAAGGUGGUAAAGUCCCUCAUGGCGUGCAAGAUGAAGGAUGGUGAAUCUGUAAGUAACCACGUUUCAAGAAUGCAAAGAUAUGUGGAUAGACUCAUCAAACUAAAUGUGAAUGUUGAUGAAGAGUUGGCAAUCGACAUUGUGUUGAACUCCUUACCAAGUUGUUAUGAUCAGUUCAUUUUGACUUAUAAUUUGAAUAACAAUGAUACUACUUUCUCACAAUUGCACAACCUCCUGAGAAUAGUUGAGGCAGGAAUGAAGGGAAAAAGUGUUGCCUCCUCACCUGUUGUUGCUACUGUUUUGGCCAUUGUUCAAGGGAAGGGGAUAAAGAGGAAAGGCCCUCCCAAACAGAACUGGCAUGGAAAGUCCCAAGUUGGGUAA